GGUAGGAUUGAAGGGACAGAGGACAGACGAAAGGAAAAGGUGUAAGAGGCUUCAGAACAGACUCGACACAUCGCCUCAUUCUCAAGCGCCCCUCCCCCCAGCACGCCCCUUCCCCAAGCCCUCUGGCUUUUAAGUCAAAGCUGCACCGAGGUUGAGUGGAGGAAAAGGGAAAGGGGACAAAUUUCUAGGAGUGGAGGGGGUUAUUUCCCCUUUUCUAAAAGCAGCGCUUCGGAAGUGCGGAUAGCUUCCUACUGGAAGCUUAUAUAUGCCCUGAUGAGCGUGGGGAGAGGCGACCUUUUCCCGGGCUCCGCGGAGCUCCCCGACAAGGCAAUGGCGGAGCUCAAGUCUCUGUCCGGAGACACCUACCUGGCUUUAACCCAGGGCUACACAACUGCCGCUUUCCCUUAUGGCUCUGUCCGCGGUGCUGAAGCGCACCGAGGGUACAGCGCAUCGUCUGCCGGAGACUUUCAUGCGGCUCCUCUGGCCAAGGGAGGAGCGGCCGAGAGCAGCGGGGAGCAGAGCGGCGAUGAGGAGGACACCUUUGAACCUAGGAAAAGGAGCCCCGGUUUCGACACCGAUGCCAAACUCAAGGCGGGGACCCUGACCAAGAAGCCCAAAGAGCAGCGCUCCUUGCGCUUGAGUAUCAACGCCAGAGAGCGGAGACGCAUGCACGACCUGAACGACGCCCUGGACGGGCUCAGGUCAGUCAUCCCCUACGCCCACAGCCCGUCCGUGAGGAAACUGUCCAAAAUUGCUACCCUUCUCCUAGCGAAGAACUACAUCCUGAUGCAGGCCCAGGCUCUGGAGGAGAUGCGACGGCUGGUAGCCUAUUUGAACCAGGGUCAGAGCCUCACCGGCCCUAUUCCGGCCACAUUGACUCCCUUCGGGCAGGCCGCAGUAUAUCCCUUCUCAGGCACAGCACUGACCGCCUGUCCCGAGAAAUGUGCUGCCUUCUCGGGUACUCCCUCUGCUCUUUGUAAGCACUGUAACGAGAAGCCGUGAUUAGGUGUGUAUCUAACCCUGUCCCCACAUCUCCCUCCACCACCUUCCCUCUAGUUCCUUUGCUCCCUCCCCAUCCUAUCCACUGCCUUCCAGCCCCCUCACAACCGUUUAUUCUGAUGUUUAUUCUGAUUCCCCUCACCCCGCCCCACCCCUUCACCUUCCCCUACUUCUAAAAUUGUUUAAAUGAGAAGCAACAAAAGGAAGAGGGAGGGAGAUACACCAGGCUUGUGACCUCGGUGUAGUUUGCAUUAAACUGUGUAUUACGCAAUCGCUUUCCUCUCGGGUCCGACUAAGCAAGUCAGAGAAACUUCUCCGCUUUCCUUCAGCACCUAGCCCCCAGCUUUCUAGCCCCACACUGAGGCCGCUCCCGCUUUGACAAAGAAAAAAAAAAGUAUUCUUUGCAUCAAAUCCCCUGGGCCUGGGACGGGCCAUAAUGGGAGCUGGUGGAUUUCCGAGCGUCCGAAGCCUCACUAGUAAACUAUGCAACGCGGCCCCCACCAAUAGCCCCAGAUCCAGGGACUCAAGUCCCAGAUUCUGGGCCCGGCUCCCUGUCCCAUGUGCACCCUGUUCCCAGGACCUUGAAACUUCCCAAACCCCCAGAUGCAAAAGUUCAGUGCUGCUAGCCAGGUUAUUCGUCCUCCCUCUAACCCUACCGCGACUCAUCCUACAGAACUCCGGGCUUGUUAAUAAGUGUUUUUUGGAACCAAGAGGUGACAUUCGACUCCCUCUGCCUCAUACCUCUUCCCUGCGCUUGGCCUUCUCAAACCAAAGCCUUCAGGCAUCCUGGAAAUUUGUCUUCUUCCCAAACGCUGAGAGUUAAAUUAUUCCGGGGGAAAUCAGAGCUUUUCAAUAAACUAUCAGACUCAAGUCAUGUAAAGGUCUGGUCUGCACAAUUGCACUGUAGGCCCGGUGGGACCGACGGUGUGCUUGCCUUCUAAACAGGUAGGGUUAGAGACAGACUAAGUUGUAUCAGACCACAAAAGUUUAACCCUUCUCCAGUUCAUGGGAUUUUCUUGGCCCUAACCUGAAGCCACCUCAGAACGAAAGCUAGCUCUAGCACAGGGCAAACUUGUGAAUGUCAGGACCUCAAAAACCCAGUAAACAGUGUGGACCGGUGGUUGGAAUUUCCGGGAUCCCAGGGCCAGCAUAUUAGUCAAACUAAACCUCGAACUUGUCUCCAGGGACAGAGUAACUGCUCUAGCCCAGGGCAACUGUAAAAUCGUCAUGUCUGCCUGUUGCCGACAAUUUGGCACCAAUUUCCAAUAGAAGAUGUGUUGUAACCUCCAGGCUGAGAAAUGAAACAUCAAGUGAAAAGCAGCCUCCUCAUAAAAGGCAAAUAUAAUUUUCCUAAAGGGAGAGUGAAAAUAUGAAGACCAUCACUGUCAGCUAAGAGUCCAGAAGGGAAGACCCAUCAAUACCAUCACCAUUUUCUUCCCUGGCAAGCUGGAAUUCUGUUACCUUGCUGACUGAAAAACACCACAGGGAAGUUGAGUGGAAAUGGAAAGCACCAUUGAAAACAACAAAAUGCACCCCCCGCCUCCCCGCUUUUCCAGGGAUUUUAAAAGUAAAAGUCCAAGGUGAUAAAAUAGAAGACAGAGUCAGCUUGGAGUCAGGAUAACGUCACCCUUUUCUGUGAUUCUUCUGGGAACCAAGAACAUCAAUGAGAUUGAGCAAGCUUGAAAAAUGGUUAGAAGAAUCAUUAAUAUUAAUGACAAGGGGAGACCUGUUUCUUUUUUUUCCCUAAACACUUGUUUAUAUUAAGGCUAAGAUUACUAAUGAGGAAGAAAAACAACAGAUUACAGGCAUAAUACUGAACAUGACUUCCUAAAAUACUUUGUACUCUGUGCAUGAAUUGGGCUGUUGUAGUAAGAGAGUCACAACACAGUAUGUUAUUUGUCCUCCUUCUCUGGUAUGUACUGUGGCCUCCAUAAACAGACACUAAAGGAACCGGGGGCUGUCGUCAUGUAUAAAAACUACUUAUACAUUGCAACAGCUGUUGUUAAGCAUUUUGUACUGGGCAGGACCAUUUGGAAAACACAGUUCUACCAACAUAGAACUUGUAAAUUUGCAGGAUGUGUUUAUUUUCAGUCAGGUACCUUCCCUCAUUUUACGCAAGAAAACAGUCCAGGACCUGACCCUGAAUGGAUUUGGUCCUGAAAGCUGGAUAAACUGAUCAGGGCUCAGUCCACAGAGAAAACCGAAGGCUCUGGAAUUUCUCAUUGUCACUCACUUCUGACUUCACUCCCUGAGAAGUCACAGUAUCAUUUGGCAUCACCAGUGACUUUCUGGGUUUAACCAGGAGCAGUGGCUGCCUUCAUCUCAUCUUACAAGGGCACAAGGCAAAAUAAA